AUGCGUGUGUUCUUCCCUCUGCCGUUUGACCUGCCCCCUGCCCCUCUCGUCACAUCUGCGGGUAAGCCCUCGCUCCGUCCAGUUUUUUUCUCCUCGUCUCCUCAUCUCCUCGUCUCCUCUUCUCCUCAUCUCCUCGUCUCCUCUUCUCCUCGUCUCCUCUUCUCCUCGUCUCCUCUUCUCUUCUCCUCUUCUCCUCUUCUCCUCUUCUCCCCUUCUCCCCUUUUCCUCUUCUCCUCUUCUCCUCUUCUCCUCUUCUCCUCUUCUCCCCUUCUCCCCUUCUCCUCUUCUCCUCUUCUCCUCUUCUCCUCUUCUCCUCUUCUCCUCUUCUCCUUUUCUCCUCUUCUGUCAACUACUCUGCUCAUCUGCACAUCACUGCUCCCUCCUUGGCCAGUCAACCCUCCCAGGCAGCAGCACCCGUGGAGGUGGGAUGUGCCACACAGGCAGCCAGAUGUGUUUGGGGAAACGUGGCCGCUGCAAGGCGCUUGA